ACGCCGGUCAGUCGUUCGCUGGCUGACGACCGAGCAGACCGCGAGCGGCUCGACUUUUGGCGCCGACGAGCGCGUCGGCGUACACCAGCAGCGCCAGUAGCUUGUUGUUGUUGUUUCCUCAUAGUGCGCUGAUUGCGAUACGAUGCCGUACUACGGGGACGCCGGCGGCUCGUCGUAUUACGGCUACGGCACGACUGGGCCCUUCGCCAACCACAGCUCCCUCAUGAGCAGCAUAGGCCGCUAUCAUAACCCGAUCGCCGCCCGUUACUCGCCCCACUUAUCGACGAUCUCGGAGACGCCGUUCGUCAAGCUGCGCCGUUACGGGCCCACGGUGCCGACGUCAGCGACGACGUCGCUGUCGCGGCCCCGGAGAAUCAUCGACACCGCGGACAUCGACGUGACGAAACCGCCCAGCCGCAGCCUGGACCACCGGCACCAGCAGCAGCAGCAGCGGCACCGCUUGCGCCGCGACAGGCCGACGAUCAAGAUCCGCUCGCAGGCGCUCAAGGACAAUCCGGCGCUCAGGGAGUACAACGAGAGGCACGAGAAGACGGUGGGCGAGAUGUUGGUCGAGAAGUUUCUGAUAAAGGACAAGAGCGCGAGGGAGGCCGAGCCAGCCAAGAUCAAGCUCUAUCAUCAAGCCAGCCUCCUCGGGGACGGGCAGCCGAGCAAGGACCGAAGCAACGACAUCCUCGCGGCGAUCCGGCACAGGAUCACCCGCAAGAUGACGAGGAGGCGCUCGUCGGUGGACGCCGUGCCCCUCGACCCGGAGCAGAUCGAGCGGGAGGCUGCUCUGCAAGCCGCGCAGGCCGAAGCUCUGGACACGCUGGUCGCCGAAGAACUCGCCGAGGCCGAGAUGGAGGUGCGCAAGGGCACCUUUACCAAGAGGCAUUCGCUGGUGAUGCUGCCGGUCGACAUCUCCGAGGCGUCCGACAGCGAAGACGAAGCUGACGAGGACGAGCGCAAGAGCAGCGAGCUGCCGCGCAAACACGCCACGGCAAAGAAGAAAAGACGGCGAAAGUCCAUUGAUAAAUACUCGCAGAGCGACGAAGAGGAAGACGCGUUCAGCAUUGCCGAAAGCAUUAUCGAGGAAGAGGAGUUCGAGUGGGACGAUCGGGAUAAGUGCGAUGACAUCAAGAGCAUCAUGCCGAAGGAAGAGGCUACGAUCACAGUGCCGGAACAGAAGCGCGUCGUGAGUCCGGGGAUGGAGAAGAAGGAAAAACUCGACGAGGUUGGCAAUCGUCUGAAGGAGCUGAGGAAGGAGGUAAGGAAGCUGGAGAAGAAAGAGAGGGACAUAAAGCAUGUUUCGACGACCAAACAUCAAUGCCAAUUGAAGAAAGACAAGCUUACACCGAAAAUUGAACACGUGAAAGUGGAGAUCGUGAAGCCAAAGGCAGGUGUGUUGAAAGCGAAAUUGGAUGACUCGGAGGUGAAAACUGUUGAAGCAACGGCGGAUGAUGUAAUAGAACGAGAAAUUAUACCUGAAUCGGAGAAAACUACGGACAAAAUAUUAGAAGAACAAGUACGUAACGACGGUAAUUUGCUUAUUAACAAAGAAGCCAUUAAACCUAAGAUGGAAGAAUCGAAGAAAGCAGCUGAACCCAAGGAAGAAGAAUUGAAGAAAGCUGUAGAACCUGUGAUAGAAGAAUCAAAAAAGAUGAUUGAACCGAAGGCAGAAGAAUUGCAAAAAGCAGCUAAACCAAAGAUAGAAAAGCCGAUGAAAGAAACAGAAGAGAUCGUCCCGGAAUUGAUUACGCCGAAAAUUCAUGAAGCAAAGAAAGAAUUGGCUAAGUCGAAAAAAGAGAUUGCACCCAAACAAAUUGAUUCUCGUGAAAAACGCGUCGACAGUGUUAAAAUAGAAGAAACAACGAUUCUCGAACGAAAGGAUGACGAUAAGAAUCUAAGGCUAGACAAGAGUGGCGCGACAAAUACCACGCUAGAGCAAAAGAAGGCCCUUGACACGAAGGACAAAGAUGAGCAGUCUAAAUUAGACAAUGAUAAUAUAACGAUACCGCCAAAGGGAGAGGAAAAUAUUGAUUCUGCAAUCCAUGUCGAAUCAACAACAAAAGCUCCAAAAGACGACGGCAAACUCAAAGUGAAAGAGCGCAAACUCAAAGAGAAGUCACCGAAACCCGACCGCAAUAAACUCAAGCGAACCAUCUCUGCGCCUCAACAUCUACCACCGGAACCAGAAAGUCCGUGUUUCAGAAUCGAAGCGUGUAACAGCGUAGGUGACAUGUCAACCCUCUACGUCAAAUCUACAUCUUCAGCAGAGGCCAUAAGAAAUAUUGAGCAAUUCCGCGAAAGCAUUCGUCUGCCGGCACCAAAAAGUCGCACGACAGUCGAAACGGAGGUGGUAUUGCCGGUACGCAAGCCGUACGUGCGCGACACCUCACGUAACAGCGUGUAUCUAGCCCUGAAACCAAUGCGGAAGGAUGCUGAUGCCAAAUCGUCGAAUGUCCGAUCGAUUAUUAGCGAGGAGGGGGAAUCCGAACGAAUGAGCGACGAGUAUCGACAGGUCGAUGAAAAAAGUAGUAGUCGGGCGCGAGGCGCCAAAGAGGAGUUUGCAUCCUGGUGGGAUGAGAUACCCGAGGAGGUACAACAUAAGACUAUUGUUGAAUCCGGAGAUAAGGUGGUAGAGCAGGUUAUUGAGAAGAAGCUGCAAGUCGAAGCGAAGGAUCACACUGCGGUUGCAAAGAAAGCGGACAGCAAAGUUACACCAGCUGUGAACAAGGUCACACCCAGUAAAGCGGUAGACAAGGCUGCCGAAGCAGUGCGAGCAGAGGAGAAAAAAGCAAAAGUCAAAGUAGAAGUGAAGCCUGACAGUAAAAUCAAAGUGGACAACGCAGAGGUCAAACUGAAUGACAGUAUUUCAACUGACAGCGGGAUCAGCGAGAUCGCGGCGAAGCCCCAAGUGGUCGAAGAUAAAUCAGCGACAGACCAAAAAGUGAAGGAAGCGGCCGUAGAAAAAGUAACAGAAGCACCAGUCAAAGAAACGCCAGUGAAAUUGCCGCGCGAGUCGCAGAAAAAAUCGGAGACACUGCCAAGAGUAGCGAGCGACAAAGCAAUAACUCCUUCUGUCGACGUCGACAACGACAACAAUAAAACCUCAUCGCGUGAUGUAACUGGCAUCGCCGAAGCAGCGACAGAGGAGACAGCUACAAUAAUAGCAGCGGCGGCUAAGAAGCAGCAGCGCGACGAGGCGCGCAGCAAGAGGAAGGUGGACGCGCAGGCGAUAAUGAAAAUCGAGAAGCAAAUUCUCAAGGAGGCGGAGUCACCCGACAAGAUCCUCACUACGGCGGCACUGCUGCCCGCCGAGAAAGAAGACGACGAGGAGCAGAAGAAACUGGGUCUCGACGGCAACACCAAGUCCAACGCCGCUACGGCGACGGAAAUAGACUUCUGGAGCGAGAUCGAGACGCCACCGCCGCGUGACGAUGCAGUCGAGCCGCAGCAGCAGACGAAUAACAAUCUGAAGCUCGAUCUCUCGAGGAUCGACCUGCCCGCACUGGACGAUCUGCCAACGCCGUUGAUCGAGGACCAAGACGCUACACCGGUCGUCGAGUGCCCCGCGACUCCAUCGGAGAAGAACCUCGAACAAGUGCCGCCGAUCAACCUUGCGUUGACCGAGGAGGAGCGUCGCUCGACGAUCAAGUACAACGGCGCGCAGCUGGACGAGCUCUCCGGCACGGUCAAAAAGAUUUCCAAAUGGGGAAAUCACGAUAAUCUGACGAGCCUCGACAGCAACGUCACUCCUGUAGCUUCCAAGGAAGUCAGCCCCGCGGUGUCGACCGCCUCGUCGCUCACCAAGAACAAGAUAACGAAGAAGAAGAAGUCCACGACCGCGAAGAAGGCGGCCGAAGCUUGCGCGAAGAGAACCGGCGAGAGCGCGAAGAAGACCAGCGCCAAGGUCAAAGCAGCCGCGAAGAAAGCCACGACGACGACGCCGCCGCCGCCGCAGCCGCCGCCGCCGCAAGUGAAGCCAGCGAUGUCGGCAAGUGGCUCGCCGAGGAAUACGCCGGUUCAACGCCCGGCCGAUCUUCAAAAGCUGUUUUACACCACGCCGGCGAUUCUGCUCACGGCGACUCCGCGCGACUUGCGAAAAGUCAGGCGGGCCAAAGCUAAGAAGAAGAAGCCACCGACGAGGACGCCGUCGAUGAGUAGCGACAGCACCGGAAGUACAAGGAGUACUGCGACCACCAGUACCGAGGAGGGUAGCAAUUGCGAGGAAGAUGUCGAACAGAAGAGGCUUAAUUCGACGAGGAGCAAUGAUUCAGGGUUCGAUGGAUCGCCAAGACUUUCCACACCGUCGCAGUCGGCGGAAAACCAGCGGAAUGCCGAAGGCGAUCACUUUCACCACAGUGGUAGGAUAACUCCGCCGGCCACGAAUCUACCUAGGUUCAAGAAGUACGAGGUCACAGACUUUAAUUUCCUCAAGGUCCUCGGCAAAGGUAGUUUCGGCAAGGUGCUGCUCGCGGAGCUGCGCGGCACCGAGUGCGUCUACGCGGUGAAAUGCCUGAAGAAGGACGUGGUGCUGGAGGACGACGACGUGGAGUGCACGCUGAUCGAGCGCAAAGUCCUGACGCUGGCCACGCGACACCCCUAUCUCUGCCACCUGUUCUGCACCUUCCAAACCGAGUCGCACCUGUUCUUCGUGAUGGAAUACCUGAACGGCGGCGAUCUCAUGUUUCACAUACAAAAGAGCGGCAGGUUCUCCGAGCCGAGAGCCAAAUUCUACGCGGCCGAGAUCUGGUCGGGGCUGAUUUUCCUGCACAAGAAGGGCAUCGUCUACCGGGAUCUGAAGCUGGACAACGUGCUGCUGGACUUCGAGGGCCACAUCAGGAUCGCCGACUUCGGCAUGUGCAAGCUGCAGAUAUUCCUGGACAGAACCGCCGACACGUUCUGCGGCACACCCGACUACAUGGCCCCGGAAAUCAUAAAGGGGCUGAAGUACAAUCAAGCGGUCGACUGGUGGUCCUUCGGCGUGCUCCUCUACGAGAUGCUGACCGGCCAGUCGCCGUUCUCCGGCUGCGACGAGGACGAGCUGUUCUGGAGCAUCUGCAACGAGAGGCCGUUCAUCCCGAGGUACCUCGGCCAGAGCUCCACCGACAUGCUCGUCUGCCUGCUGGAGAAGGACGCGGGCAAGAGGAUACCCGGCCACGAGAUCGCCUGCCACCCGUUCUUCUGCAACAUCGCCUGGGACAAGCUGGAGAGACGAGUGCUGGAGCCGCCGUUCAAGCCGGCCGUCGAGCACACGCUGGACACGCGGUACUUUGACACGGCCUUCACCGCCGAGCGCCCGAGACUGACGCCCGUGCCCGAAGAGAUACUCACCUCGAUGGACCAAGCCGUCUUCCGCGGAUUCUCGUACACGAAUCCGAACGCCACCGACUGAGCCGACAUGGUUCUCGUGCCUUUUUCGAAUAACGCGGGCGCGACACCUCGGCUCCGGUGUCUUUUGCUUCGAGGGCCUCCGCCUCGCGUGUCGGUCUUGUCGCGCUCGUCGCUGAGUUGUUUUUUACUAUGAAAGCUUCGCGGUUCGACGAUCAACGAACCCGAAAGUCUUUUCAACGCGGUGCCACUUCUUUGGCCCUCAAAAUCGUCGUACAGACGAGUGACAGUCCAAUUGAAAUUCUUCGAACCGGAAGACACGACAAGGCUUCACGCGCGAUCGCCGAAAUUUAUCGAGUCGCGUUAGUUCUCCGCGAACCGAUGCGUGAUUUUUAUUGUGCGACGGAGCGAUCGAUUUCUAACAAACUCGCGAUUACUCCAGCUAAAAAUGCAAUUUAUCUUCAUUGGUUCUUAACAUCAAAUUGAUCUUCGUUGAACAUCUUCUUCUUACAAGCAUGAGUGAAAGAGGAGAUUUGGAUGAAUCCUUGGGUAGUACGAGAAUAAUCCGUCGAGGGCUGUAGUGAAUGAAAAACGAAAUGUUUCUCACGAUAUCACUUUUGAAAUUUCAACAGUGCAGAGCAUUCUCGAGAGAGAGACUACGACUAGUCUGCUCGAAAUGUAAUUGUAAAUAUAAAAAGUAUUAGACAUACUACGAGGUGUUAUGCGUUUUGUAAUACGCAAAAAAAAACUAUACUAUAGUAAUAUUUGCAGAUACACUACACGAUUAUUUAUACCGAUUUUUCUUAUUUUCUGUUUCGCCUUAUCUACUUAAUUAUUAAGUCUUCCGUUGACUGAUAUAUAUUUUCUUUUUUGUUAUUAUACACUGUUUAUUGUUGGGAAAAGAAUGUUGAUCGAAUAACAAUUCUAUGUGAUACAUAUUGUUCGCGUCAAAAGAAACAUUGUAUUAUUGUUAUAUGAGUCUAUAUAUACAUAAAGUUUAUCAUUGUGUUGAAUUUUUUUAGAUGUUAAACUAAAUUCUGAUUGUUUGGACUGUAUCUUAAAAAUUUGUACGCUUAAUUUUACGAUCAAUGGUUUAUGAACUUUGUCAAAAACGAGCUAACUGAAAUCGAUAAAUAAAAAAUACAAAUCUAUAUGUAUCGUCAUUUCUAAUACUCUA